ACUCUACGUCCGCUUUCCCAUCGUAUCCAUCUGUCGGAUUUGAUUGUUUGGUGUGAUCCAGCGGAGUGCAUCGACGUCUGGAAAAGGUUUUCCAGAGGCCUGUAGGCAUCCAACAACUUCUUCUUCACACCGAGAAGACUACACAGAGGCUCAGAAAUGGCCGGAUCCAAGAAGAAGGCAGUGAAGUCCAGCUCCAAUGUGUUCUCCAUGUUCAGCCAGAACCAGAUGGCUGAGUUCAAGGAAGCCUUUGGAUUUAUUGAUCAGGACAAAGAUGGUAUUGUGUCGAAGAACGAUAUCCGCGCCACCUUUGAUCAGAUGGGCCGUCUGACGAGCGACAAGGAACUCGACGAAAUGAUGUCUGAGGCCUCUGGACCCAUCAACUUCACCCAAUUCGUUACCAUCUUCGCCAACAAGGCCGGUGGUAUGGAUGAGGAGGAGACCAUCGUGAACGCAUUCACCAUCUUCGAUGACGGAGACGGCACCUGCACCGAGGACAAACUCCGCAAGAUGUUGUGCACAUUCGGCGAAAAAUUGACUGAACAGGAAGCUAACGAUGUGUUCGCUGAGGCUCCCAUGGAUGGCUCGAAAAUCAACCUCAAGAGGUGGGCUAACGUCCUCACCAAGGGAUGUGAAAACCCCGAGGAACAGGCCGCCGCUUAGGUACGAAUCGACCCCAUGCCACAAGCCAAAUAUCAAUAAAAAUGUGUUUUUAACAAAAAAAA